AUGUCACCGCGCACUGCCACCCAACUCGUCAUCCAGUCUCGACUUCCUCUGGCCAACGGGUCGCUGCCUCACGUGGUCCAGCUCAUCGACGGAUUCCUCGCGCCUUCGUGCUGGCAAGCCGCUUUCAAUGCUGCGUGCGAAGGCGGAGCGUCGGAGCGAAUGCUCGAGUUCUUUCUCCUAAGAGCGACCCCAGACUGGGACGAAGUUGCCGACGCUGCCGCGAAAGGCGGACACUCGCACGUUGUUCGGUGGGUAACCAGCCGUGUCGAGGGCCUGGACGCGUGGGAAACCUACUUCAGUAGAUCGUUCGUAGUGCAGACUGGCGACUACCGUGCCGGCUUCGGCGUCUACCGGCGCACGAAUCAUGCCAUGAAUGGGACGCUGGAUAUCAACGUGCACCGCAUCGAGUCGUUGAGUGCGGAUCCGGUAUUGGUACAGAACAAGCACGCGGUUUGCUUCUCGGUUGGGAGAUCGAAAUGCGUGAUGUCAUUCAAGACGCUCAAUACCCCCCUCGAUGAGACUCUGGCGGUAUACGUCAAGAACGCCCCUGGAAACUCGAUGGUGAACGUCAAACUGCUGCUUGAGGAGGGCGGAUUGCUGUUGAGCUCGGCGUUGACGAUCGUGGCGAUCGAGAUCCCGCUGAUCUACUUCCUCAAGAACCCGCGGGACAACCGUCUCGCGUUCACGUUAGUCAGCGAGGGGCGGAUCCUCAACACGAUGGUGCUUCACUACCGUGUGAGCUGGGCGACAAUGGACGCGAUGGUGACCGUCGAGGAGAAAUCCGGACUAUUCGAGUUUGUCGCGGGUGGUGUGGAGAUGGUUACUGCGGUGUGCAACAUGCUCUCACGUGCUGCUACAGCGGUGCAGCGCUUCGUUCUGAGUCUCCUCCCAGGGAAUUCGACGUAA